UAUAGUAGUAGUAGUACACAACAUGAAAUCCACGUUGCACUUCAAAUUAAAUUACGUCGAUAGCAUUUAUUUCACACACUAAACUAACUUCCAAUCUUUCUAUAUAACUACAUAAACACCUCUCUUAAUUCAUUCUCAACCCGCCAAUAGAAAAUGAUGAGCACGGUGCAGGUUUGGCCCGAACCCGUGAUCCGGGUCCAGCAAUUGUCGGACAGCGGGAUCCGGGUCAUACCCGACCGCUACGUCAAGAAGCCCGCGGACCAGCCGGGUGAUGCAGCGGCGGCCAGCGACAUUCCGGUCAUCGACAUGGAGGGGCUGAGCUCCGGAGACGCCGAGGUGACGGCGGCGCUGAUCGACCAGGCGUGCCGCGAGUGGGGAUUCUUUCAGGUGGCGAACCACGGCGUCAGCCCCGGCCUCAUGGCGCGCUGCCGUGAGGCGUGGCGGGAGUUCUUUCAGCUGCCGCUGGCGGAGAAGCAGAGGUAUGCUAAUUCGCCAGCGACGUACGAGGGCUAUGGCAGCCGGCUCGGUGUCGAGAAGGGGAUAUCUCUGGAUUGGAGCGAUUACUUCUUCCUCCAUUUUCUUCCUAUUGGGCUCAGAGAUGAGAACAAAUGGCCCACUUUACCCGUUUCAUGCAGGGAAUUGGCAGCGGAGUACAGUAGAGAAGUGGUGGAAUUGUGUGGAAAAUUGAUGAAGAUUUUGGCGAGAAAUCUUGGGCUUAGAGAGGACUACCUUUUAGAAGCAUUUGGAGGAGAGGAAGAGUUGGGUGCAUGCAUGCGUGUUAACUAUUACCCAAAAUGCCCCCAACCGGACCGCACCCUUGGCCUUUCUUCCCACUCCGAUCCUGGCGGUUUGACUCUUCUUUAUUCCGAUGAAAAUGUCUCCGGCCUCCAAAUCCGACGUGGCGACACCUGGAUCACCGUUAAGCCCCAACCUAACACCUUCAUCGUCAACUUAGGCGACCAACUCCAGAUAUUGAGUAAUGCAAAUUAUAAAAGCGUGGAGCACCGUGUGAUUGUGAAUUCGGCCAAGGAGAGGGUAUCGUUGGCACUCUUCUACAAUCCCAAGGGUGAUAAGGUCAUUAAGCCGGCGGAGGAGCUGGUCUCGCCGGGGCAGCCGCUGCGCUACUCGGCCACCACUUAUAACGACUACCGCCUCUACAUUAGGACGAAGGGUCCUUGCGGCAAGUCUCAAGUCGAAUCACUUUAAUCAAUUUCUACAUAAAUUAAUUAUUAUAUGAAUAAAAACUUGCCUUUUCCUCUCCUCAUAAUUUGGUGAAGUAUUCAACUAAUUACCCCAAAUUUAAGGAAGGAAUGAAGGGUAUAUUGGGUGUGAUAUUUACUUGUGUAGAUUAUAUAUGAUGUACGUUAUGUUAUUUGUUUUCCGAAUGUUAUGUAAUUUUGAAUAAUAUUUUAACUAGUUAAGUAGUCCUUUUUCAUUA